AUGAACCAUCUCACUGCAUCAUGUCAUUGUAAACAGUUCUCAUACCAGAUCGACAUACCUGAAGAUGUAUCCUUCCCACUCAGCGAGACCACCUGUUCAUGCGAUGCAUGCAGGUAUCGUACCGGACAGAUCUGCAUCUUGACACUAUCAGCUAAACUCACUCGGUCUAUACCUUCACCUGAAGAUCAGAAGAAACUCAGUAGAUACGAUCAGAAAUGUGGAUUCGCAAUUGAUCAAGAUACUCUACCUGAUGAGGAGGAGGAUAACAGUGAUAGUCAAGGUGGACUGAACAAGUAUUCAAGUAAUGCUACUUGCGGUGGAACCAUCAUCACAUCUUUUUUCUGUGGGAAAUGCGGCACCAAAGUAUACCUCCAGGUAGCUUCUUUGACCAGUGAGGUGGAGAUUGGAAUGUGGAUGUUGGGGUGUUUAGAUAGACUGUUCUUAGAGGUAGAUGGGAAGAAAAUUCCGAUAGUAGAUGUGCAGGGCCAUCAUUUCCUGGAUGAUACGGUAGAUGGUGGAAUAUCGAAUAUAUGGAGGACAUCUAAUGGGAAACAACUAAAGAAGUAUCAUGAUGGAUUGGUAGAAUGGGAACCUCAUCAAGAUAGUGUCAGACCAGAUGAGAUGCUCAACCUUCAUUGUAAGUGUAAAGCUUUCGAUGUGUAUGUUCGGCGACCCAAACCUAGAUUACCAUUACCAGAAGGAUGUUAUCGGUAUCAACACCCUUUAGAUGAUGAAGGUAUUCCGCAGAGGUACAUGGCUAGCUGGUGCUCAUGUGAUUCAUGUCGACUCACUACUGGCUCCUCUCUCCCCGCUCAUCCAUGGGUACAGAUCCCCUUCAUUGACAUCUUCACAUCCUCCUCUCCCAACUCAACACCCUACAUGAAUGGCACCAUGACCCCUUCUACUCAACUCGCAGGCUUGACACUCUAUCAUUCCACGCCGUCCAAUCCUGGUAUCUCAAGAUACCACUGCUCUACAUGCGGUGCUUCCAUUUUAUAUUUUGACGAAAAAAGAGAUUUCAUCGGUACAUUUGCGGUUGGUCUAAACGACUCGCAGUAUGGAGCUUUGAACUCGAACUGGUUCAGCUGGUGGACUGGCGAUGAUAAGAUAACGAUGCCCAUAACCAAUGGAAGGAGUGAUGGAGAUAAGAGGUGGGGCGAGGAGAUGAUGGAGGAAUUCGAAGAUGGAUUGAAGGAAUGGGGGAGAUCAAUCGGGCAGCGGACGUAG